UCUUGACCCUGGUGUGAGCCAUGAGCCUUUGGACACUGAGAUGCAGGACUCCGACGUCUCCGACUUGGGCUUUGCUACGCUUGCCACGCUUGCGACGCUUCAGUUCCUUCGCAGGACUUUUACAUGAGGGGAAGCUGGCACCAGAACCAGAGUUUCAUAAAUCUGGACAAGAAUUACCUGUGCUUCGUUUGGUCGGUGAAGAUGGCUGUCUAGUGAAUGGAGCCGAAUUACCUUGCAGCCUCGAUGCGUACCUCGACAUGUACAAAUGUAUGGUGAAGGUCGCCGUGGUUGACUCUGUGCUGAACUCUUUACAGCGCCAGGGUCGGAUCUCCUUCUACAUGACUGGCACGGGUGAGGAGGCUGCACAGGUUGGUACUGCUGCCCAGCUGGGAAGAAGAGAUGUGAUUUGGGCCCAGUAUCGAGAGCUUGGCACCUACCUUCAUCGAGGCUUUAGCAUCCAGCAGGUAGUUGACCAAUGCCUCAGCCGCUGUGAUGAGCCUGGAAAGGGGCGACAGAUGCCAGUUCAUUACUGUGAUGCCAGCAUUGGGAUGCAAGCAAUCAGCUCGCCUCUUGGAACCCAAAUUCCACAAGCAGUGGGUGCUGGUUAUGCAUUCCGCACGGCUUCUGAACCACGUAUCGCAGUGACCUUCUUUGGUGAAGGGGCUGCAUCUGAGGGAGAUUGCGCCGUAGCACUCAAUUUUGCAGCCACCCUGCGUUCUCAGACCCUCUUCAUUUGCAGAAACAAUGGAUGGGCAAUCUCCACACCUGCAUCUGAACAGUAUGCUGGGGAUGGCAUUGCUGCAAGAGGUAUUGCCUUUGGCAUACCUUCCAUUCGAAUUGAUGGCAAUGAUUUGGCAGCAGUGUAUCUUGCCACUGCCGAGUCUCGCAAGCUUUGCCUGGAAGGUCAACCUGUUUUGAUGGAGCUCAUGACCUACCGUCGCGGACAUCACAGCACCUCUGACGAUGCCGGAAGGUAUCGCGACUCGGGACAGGUGAAACGCAUGGCGAGACAGGGUUUGGAGCCCAUUAGCCGCGCCAAACUGUUGUUGAAAGAGGCCAGCGAUUGGGAUGAUGAAAAGGAUGCAGAUUUACGAGAAGAAUACCGUUUGGAAGUCAUGGAUGCCCUGAAGCUUGCAGAGGCCAAGCCCUUGGCAGCUGUCAGGAACAUGUUUGAAGAUGUUUGGGCCAAGCCCACCCCUGAGCUGCAACGACAGCGGCAGGAACUCAUUGAGCACAUUGAGAGGCACCCAGAACACUAUGCGGAGAAGUUGAGCAAAUACAAAGAUGGAAAGGCAGGGCUCUGAGAAAAUUCCUCUUCAUUUGCACUGCAUUCCAUUGAGUGGCUUGGCUGGUGGCUUUGCACCGGUUUUGAAGGCCCACAUUUUUGCCAUUUGAAUGUGGCUGCCGUCACAAGCGGCUCCUGUGCGUGACGACCGGCCUUUGUUACCAAAGGUCUAACUGCCAUCAGUUGGCUUAGUGAAA